AACUGUACACCCGCCUGAAACGCGAAGCAGCAAAGGUCGGACUGGUGGUGAAUGCCUCAAAAACAAAGUACAUGCUGGUGGGCGGAACCGAAAACGACCGGAUCCGUCUGGGUAGUAAUGUUACGAUAGACGGGGAUACUUUCGAGGUGGUGGAGGAAUUCGUCUACCUCGGAUCCUUACUGACGGCUGACAACAACGUGAGCCGAGAAAUUCGGAGGCGCAUCAUCAGCGGAAGUCGGGCCUACUACGGGCUCCAGAAGAAACUGCGGUCGAAAAAGAUUCACCCACGCACCAAAUGCACCAUGUACAAAACGCUAAUAAGACCGGUGAUCCUCUACGGGCACGAGACAUGGACCAUGCUCGAGGAGGACCUGCAAGCACUCGGAGUUUUCGAGCGACGCGUGCUAAGGACGAUCUUCGGUGGUGUGCAGGAGAACGGUGUGUGGCGGAGAAGAAUGAACCACGAGCUCGCUGCACUUUACGGCGAACCCAGCAUCCAGAAGGUGGCCAAAGCCGGAAGGAUACGUUGGGCAGGGCAUGUUGCAAGAAUGCCGGACAACAACCCUGCAAAGCUGGUGUUUGCAACGGAUCCGGUUGGCACAAGAAGGCGUGGAGCGCAGAGAGCACGAUGGGCGGACCAGGUGGAGCGUGACUUGGCGAGCAUUGGGCGCGACCGAGGAUGGAGAGCGGCAGCCACGAACCGAGUAUUGUGGCGUACUAUUGUUGAUUAUGUCUUAUCUUAAUGAUGUUGAACAAAUAA